CCAGGCAAUUAAUUAAUGACUGCCUCGCGGAUCUUCUCGUCCCAAAAUCGCUGGUCCGCCCCUGGUCAACACAAAUGCUAUAAAACUCCCUCACGUGCCAAACACGUGCCAAUCUCCAACGCCCAAAAAGCCAGACGCCCUAGCCUCGCGAUUUACUUCUCCUCGCGAUUUCUUCUCCAGCGUCGCCUCCUCCGCAGCCAAAGCCUUCGUCGCCUGCGGCCUCCCUCCGAAGCCGCGUACCUCCCGCGACCUCCCUCCAGCGCCACCUCCGCGCAAAGGCCCUACCCUCUCGACGACCAGCGCCGCCUCCCUCCCUCCGACCUCCACCGCCGCCUCCUCCCAGCGUCGGGGACCUCCAGCGCCGCCCUCGUCGCCUGCGGCCUCCCGUCCUCCACCUCCUGCCGACCUCCAGCGCCGCCUCCUAUUUGUAUAGGGAAUGUUUGAAGUUAAUCCCUCAUAAGAAGUUUUCCUUUGCAAAGAUAUGGCUCAUGGCUGCCCAAUUUGAGAUCAGACAAAGAAACUUAAAGGGCGAGAUAGGUGUGGAAUUCUAUCGGAUUCAGCUUUGAUGAGGAAAAUGCUGAGCGGUGGCUCUAAACCCAUCUCCGGUUAAAGAAAAGGUCGCUUCUCGACAAACGGCAGGAGGCAGGAGGAGUGAACGUCAUAGUCGAGCAGUGACUCUAAACCCUAGAGCGCUAGACCAAAAAGAGAGUAGUUUCUUGAAGGACAGUAUAAAUAUUGAUUAUGACAGCCAAGCAGCGGCUCUAAACCGUAGGGCGUCUACUCGGCAAGAGUGUUCAUGGAGAACAUCAAAUGUCUAGUCAGUCGGACUUAUAACCUCUUUCGACUAGAUUUGAGGGUAAGACUUGUGAUACGAUAAUGAAGAGGGGUCCUACCAAAGAAGGAUCAAAGGGGGAAAAGGCUUCCUAACGUGGAGGUCAAGGCAAAAAAUGGUCAAAGGCCUUGGUCGGUCGAUCGGACCGGAGAUCGGGAGCCCCCGGUGACGAGGAUGCCGAACGACCAUCCUCUGAUAGUGGCGAUUGGAGUUAAGAGGUAAGUGGCAAUUCACCACAGGCCAGUCCUCGCCAAUCGAGCGGCAUGGCCGGUUGGACAAAGAUAACCACUGACAGUUAGGAAGCAGAGAAGGGGACAAGCCAGCAGCUCAGAACGACACGACUGAACAGGGACAACCAUUCCUCAUCGAUCGAGCAGCGUGGCUGGUGGGACAAGGUAACCACUAACAGUCGGGAAGCAGAGAAGGGGACAAGCCAGCAACUCUGAACGACACGAUCUAACAGGGACAACCAGUUCAAGUGGGAUUUGGUCGGCUUAUAGUGGGACCCAACUACAUAUUUCAUCGUACCCUUUUGGAGGCUUGUUCCACUGACAACGGAGCAUGUCCAGCAACCAAACUGUCCUUUAGAAGCUUCUCGCCUGUCAUAUCAGAGAUUUGUAUGCUCACUUAAGGAAAACUGUCAGACACUUUUCGACUUGUCUUUUCCUAUAACGUUUUGGAAAACGUACGUGCGCUUGGAAAUGUGUGUACAAACACUACAGUGACACUAUAAAAGAGGGUUCCCAUCUACAUGCGAAGGUAUGCGCAACUUCAUUAUUCAAUACAUUCUUUGCUGCAACAUUCUUACUAUUCUCCACUAGAACUGACUUGAGCGUUAGAUUGCCAACGCCGGGAAUCCCUUCCUGGCUCGGCACUAAUGCCUUUUGUGUUGCAGGACCGCGCGGUUGUCGUUUAGUCAACCCCACAACCAUAUCCUCAGCUUGCCAUCUUCUCCGCUUUCGGAUAGAUCAAAUAACUAAUGAGUUGAUUUAACAAUGGAAUGAUUCGAUCACUAAGUGGAUGAUGAACUAAUAAGUUGACGUAAUUACGAUAGAUAGGUGUGUAAUUAAUUAAGAAUUGGUUAUACCACGUUUAAGGAAAAAAAUGAGAAAAAAUGAUUAACUAUUCGUUGAGUGAAUUCGAGUAAUUAAUUAAGAAUAAUUAAUUAUUAGAUUAAAUUAAUUGAUAGAUUAAUAGAUUUAUUAGUCAAUUUAAUAAUUGAUUAGAUAUCAGGUUGUAGUUAAUGGAAUUACUAAUUGGAUGAGUUGAUAAACUGAAUUGACUUUAUUAUAAGGAUUACUUUAAUAUCCUAUACUUGUAGGAUUCGAGCUCGAGACAGAUUUUGCUGACUUGAAGACGGUUAAGACAUUCUACAGUUGA